AUGUUUUGGAAAGCUCUCGCCGCUGGUGCGCUUUUGGGGCAAUCUGUCUCUGCGCAGAACAUGCUUCGUUUUGCCUGCUCACAGCUCACCAUCGAGCGAGCUGAUCCCCUCGUCAACCCAGGACAAAGCCCUUCCCCCCACACGCAUCAGAUUAUAGGAGGAAACUCCUUCAACCUUACGAUGGAACCGGGUGCGUAUGAUCCAGCCGCCAAGUCCACCUGUACAACCUGCACAUAUUCCGAGGACUUCAGCAACUACUGGACCUCGUCUUUGUACUUUAGGUCGCCCGAAAAUGGAACCUUCCAACGCGUUCCCCAGUAUGCCAAUGCAGGGCUCCAGCAGGACGGAGGAAUGACGGUGUAUUACAUGCCGUACAGCGCCAAAAAUGGGAAAAUGACGGCAUUCAAGCCCGGGUUCCGCAUGAUCGCAGGAGACCCCAUGUCCAAGAAAAAUAACAGAGCCUCGAUCUGUCACCGCUGCCUCGGAAACGGAGAGGGAUUCGCUCCAUGCGACUCUAAAGAUACUGGCGAGCUACCAAACAAGUACUGCCCCAAAGGUAUCCGAGCAACCGUUAUCUUUCCCUCAUGCUGGGAUGGAAAGAAUGUCGAUUCCCCAGACCAUAAGAGCCACGUUGCCUACUCCAACGGCGGUGGCCUCGGUAGCACAUCUUGCCCUUCCACUCACCCGGUUGCUAUUCCCCAGGUCAUGUACGAGAUCAUGUGGGACACUGGACGAUAUAAGAACGAUGCUUGGUACGGUAACGGCAAGCAGCCUUUCGUCUACAGCUUCGGCGACGCCACUGGAUACGGCCAGCAUGGUGACUACCUCUUUGGAUGGAAGGGCGAUGCUUUACAGAAGGCCAUGGACGCUUUACCUAGCGGGAAGUGCGCCAACGCCAACUGCAGCGUUCUUAAGAUACAGUCUGCUAAGGACUCCAUGACUUGCAAGAAGGCCCAACAAGUCGUCGAAGACGUUGGAAAGGAUGGAGCAUGGAUUAAAGAGCUUCCAGGAGGUGUUCCGGUUACUUACUAA